AUGUUCGCACGCAGGAAGAAGCCAACCUACUGGGAUUUCUCUGUGAACUGCACUGGCAGUGAGGCCCACCUGUCCAGCUGUAAACUGGGUCAGCUAAUAUCCAGAAAGCACAAUGAGACGUGUGCUGGAGGGUUGCCUGUGGUGGUGAGCUGUGUUCCUGGUAGAGCCUUCGCCCCUACGUCCAUGACAGGAUACAGGAAGGCUUUCAGACAAGAGCCUUUGGUCCGCCUCCGUGGCGGCGCCAUGGUUGGUGAGGGCCGGGUGGAGGUGCUGAAGAACGGAGAGUGGGGCACCAUAUGUGACGAUAACUGGAAUCUGCUGUCUGCCACUGUGGUGUGCCGGGAGCUGGGCUUUGGUUCAGCAAAGGAAGCGCUGUCUGGAGGACAACUGGGCCAGGGUUUGUAUUAA